AUGGUGAAACAGACUAUACAAAUUUUUGCUAGGAUAAAACCCACUAAGCAAACAAAAACAGGGUUGUAUGAAAUAGAUGAUGAUGAUGAAGGUUGCCCACGCUUACAGCUGAUUGUGCCACGAGAGUUAGCUGCAGGUUUCAUUAAUAACAAAAAGGAAAACUACUCAUUUAGAUUUAAUAAAAUUUUUGAUCAGAAGACCUUGCAAGAUGAAGUUUUCGCCUGUGUGGCUCAACCAGUCAUAGACAACGCACUUCAAGGUUUUAAUGGGACCAUAUUCGCUUAUGGCCAGACUGGCAGUGGAAAAACAUUCACCAUCACCGGAGGUCCAGAAAGAUAUUCCGACAGGGGCAUUAUUCCCAGAUCUUUGUCUUACAUUUUUGAUACAGUUGAAAAGCAGCCAGAUAAAGUGUACACUGUUCACAUUUCUUACUUGGAGAUUUACAAUGAAAAUGGUUAUGAUUUACUUGACCCCAAACAUGAAGCAGCAAAGUUGGAGGAAUUACCGAAAGUGUGUCUCAUGGAGGAUGCAGAUCAGAACAUUCACUUGAAGAACUUAACCGUCCAUCAAGCUGGCUCAGAGGAGGAUGCUUUAAAUCUCUUGUUUAUGGGAGACACCAACAGAAUGAUUGCAGAGACUCCAAUGAACCAGGCUUCAUCUCGCUCACACUGCAUUUUCACAGUUCAUCUGACAUGCAAAGAAGAAGGCUCUGUGACCAUUAGAAAAGCAAAGCUGCAUUUGGUGGAUUUGGCAGGGUCGGAGCGGGUGUCCAAGACGGGAGUCAAUGGUGCCAUAUUGACCGAAGCCAAGUACAUUAAUUUGUCCCUUCAUUACUUGGAACAGGUCAUACUUGCCUUGUCUGAAAAGAACCGGCAGCAUGUGCCAUACCGUAACUCAAUGAUGACCUCCGUACUUAGAGACAGCUUAGGUGGAAACUGCAUGACAACCAUGAUUGCAACUUGUUCAUUGGAUAAGAGCAACAUGGACGAGUCAAUAUCAACGUGUCGAUUUGCUCAGAGGGUUGCUAUGAUUAAAAAUGAGGUCACUCUCAAUGAGGAACUUGAUCCUCGUCUACUGAUUGCUAAGCUCAAGAGAGAAAAUGCGGAGCUGCGUGAACAGCUGGCCAUGGCCACAGGGGAGCAGUUGUCAGAGGAGCUUUCACCAGAGAAUAUUGAAAGAUGUGAAAAUUCUGUCAAAUUUUAUCUGCAAGAUUCUGAUCCGGAGGGAACUUUAAAUAUGGGGCAUGAUCUGAGGAAAAUACAAAGAUGUUUCAGAAUAUUGAAGAGGUAUGUACUGGAGAAGCCUCAAGCACAGCCACAGCAGGUAGAAGCAUUUUCUAGAGAACCAAGCUCUCUGGAUGUUGGCCCCUACAGGGAUACAGAAACCAGAAAAUUGAAAGAACUUCUAGAACAAAGAGACAAUGAAAUUAAUAUCCUUGUGAAUAUGCUGAAGCUUGAAAGAAAAAGAGCUUCUGAUGGUCAGCGAAGUGCUUUGACGAUGGCCUCCCGAACGUCUGUGCAUUCAGUGCAUAAUGUUAACAGUGAACCACUGAAUGGACACCAUCAUCAGGGAGAGGCGGCCAAUACAAGCAUGGACAAUGGGAAAGGAGAUUUGAUCAACCGAGCUACAAGUGAGGAAAACAUAAAGCGCCAAGACACUUUCUAUGUGUCUAGGAGUACUUCGACUACCAUAGAUGAUGGAGACUCAAUGAAAGCAAAGAUCUUGGGUGACAUGUCAUUGGGCAGACAAGAAGCUUUCGACAUUUUCAUGAGAGACUAUCGUGAUAGGGACAAGAUUGAGGCAAACAAGCAAUUUCUUAAGAAAAGGUACACAGAAGCAAAGGCUCUCGGUGAACAACUGAACAAUUCCAAGCAAAAAAUGAAUCACUUGAAAAAAAUUCUGGCACAGAUUAGAAUUCAAAGUGAAAUGUCAGACCAUGCUGGGCCAGGCGGAGAUAACCAGAUGGAGGUUGAGGUCCGGAAACAGGUGGAGGAAGAGAAGUUUGU